GUGAUCAUGAUCCCAUUACGUAACCAUCAACGCGUCCAUAUUUCUGAGUUUCGUUUUCCAGCUCAACGCCAGCCCAACUUUCAAGGGUCCCGCUCUGUCUCUAUCGUCGGGCUGGCUCUUUUUCUGGUAUCCGGGUGCUUUGGAAUCUAGUCAACACGUUCUGUUGGCUCGUCCUGCCGUGAUACCUCGAUUCUGUCAACAAUUUUCGGUUUAUGCGCUUCCAUGUGCUCGGAGCAGGACCAAUUCCCUCGCUCUUUGCGCACCACCUCCGCAGAGCCACGCCUCCCUCCCACAAAAUCGUUAUUAUCCAUCGGAAAGCGAGAGAUGCACUCAGCGUCAAGGCUUCCGGCAUCCAGGUCCAGAACGGCGCCACAUUCACAACCUCUACGGACUUCGAGCAUGAAUCGCAAGAUGCCAAAAACGACUCCCCGAUUGACUCAUUGUUUAUCACCAACAAAGGACACUCGGCGCUCUACGCCCUUCGACGCCUCGCUCACCGUAUCUUGCCGACGAGUACGGUCGUGCUUGCGAACAACGCGCUCGCCGUUCACCGGCUUUCGCCGUUGUUCAGCGACCCAGAACAACGACCUCACGUUAUUCUCGCGACAUCCACACACGCGGCUAGGCAUACCACCACUGGAGGGGCGCGACGGGUCGUCCACACCUUUCCGGGCAGAAUCCAUUACGCGCUCGUCGCAAAUGGAUCCCGUGAUGUCGAAGCCGGCCUCAAGAGCUCCUCGUCAGACAGGCGUCUGCGCCUCUCGAAUAUCGCGUCCACGACGGGCGAUACUCUGUACCCGUUCUACCGCACCUUGCGAAAUACCGUGGCCGUCCUGCACUUGGCGGAGUCACUCAGCGCGCACUGGUGCAGCUUGCAGGAAAUGCAGUCUCGUAUGCGUCGGCGGCUCGUCGUCGACUCGAUCAUCCAGCCUCUCAGCAUACUCAUGGGAUGCCGCGUAGGGGACCUGUUUACCAGAACGGAAGCUGUGAUGCUCGCGAGGGAUAUGUGCAAUGAGGCCGCAGCGCUCUUCCGUGCAGAGGCAGAGGCGCAGCUUCGAGCGGAAUAUCCGGAGCCCGACCUUGAGAUGAUGGAGCUCUCCGGCGCGGCCAGAGUUCCGCCAGCGCUCCUUGCCGAGAAUCUGCUCAGAGAUUGUCUAAAUUAUGCGGCCGAGCGCAAAUCUGAAAUCUCGCCGAUGCUCAAUGCCAUGCUCUAUGCACGUCCGCAUGACCUCACCUAUCUGACCGGACAUUUGCUGGCAUCUAACGCCGGCUUGGUUGAUAUGCCGGUGACCAACAGCGUGUACCGCCUGGCGAGGAUGCGAGUUGACGCUCCCAUAGACCGAUUGUUUUGAAGAGUAUCGUAUAUCUCACGUAUAGUAGUAGAACAUGUAUCAACACAUAACUCCUCCCUGCAAAGCAUCGCCAACGCGGGCCAUCAAUCGCCCUUGCUCAAUGCCUGCAUCAGCACGCACACUUUGCGCUCCGGGAGAGUAUCUGGAGGAGCUGCCCUACGACAGAUUGCUAGGGACUUGGCAUGUCGUCGCGAGCACACUUCCCCUCUGGAAGAACAAGAAGAACGUCAAGAUCACAUACUCAACUAUCCCAGGAGAACCGGCGACGACGUUCGAUGACUUGGUUACAUACGAGAUGCGGAAUGGAAAAGGGACGCAGACGCCGUCUACUGUGCGGGGGAUCGACAGGCUGGAGAAGCCCGGAGGAUGGAAAUGGUGCGCGUCGUGUUGUCCAUAUUAUCCGCGGCGGUGCUGUAGCUUCGACCCAAUCUAGGCGCGGGAAGGGUCUCCUCAUGAUUGCGACAAGCCAUUGGCAAGUGCUCGGCUUCGAGAGUGAGCCAGACUACGUCGUGACGUAUUUCGAGUCCACACUCUUCACGCCUGCUGGUCUGGACAUCUACUCAAGAACGAAGGAUGGGCUGAGCGAUGAGACAGUGAAUACCAUAACGCAGGAGAUAGGGACGCUCAAAGGUCUGGAACAGUACGCGAAGGAUAUGUUUAGAGUACCACAAGAUUGAAGACGCCAGUCGCAAGUGUUGUUGUUUCAGAUGGGUCGGAUGUGUGAUCCCAAACGGCACCCUGGAGCUCGGACUCGUUACUGC